AUGAAUAAAUAUGCCGAACUUGUCCAAAAGAUACAGGAUCAAGAUAUUGAUUCAUUUGAAGAUUUGGAAAAAUACGAUGCAAAAGCUGCCGAAUCUUUAAUAAAACUGGCUCAAGGAACAGUACCAAUAAAAAUGGAAGGUCGUAACUUUGGCUUUUUUGGAGCAACAUCAACUGGUAAGAGUACAAUGAUCAAUAAGUUACUAAAUAAGAAUGUUGCAGCGACAGGUGCUGGAGAAACAACCAAAGAAAUUACGAAAUACGAUUGUGCGGAUUAUUUUCUCUAUGACGUACCUGGAAAAAAUGAUGACAUUUCAUAUUUUAGUAUGCAAUAUAUAAGCUUUUGGAAAGGAUUAACUGGACGUUUAGUAUUAAUAAGAUCAACAUUAAAAGAGAUGACUAAAGUAUUCCGUCUACUCGAUGCCAUCGGCCUUCAUUAUGAUGUAGUAGUCAAUAGAUUUGAUGAAGUUGCAAUGGAAGAACGAGACGCUUUUAAACAACAAAUAAACAACGAGGUAACAGAAUGCAAACUAAAAGGUGUUGAUCAUAUAUGGUUUCUUAGCGCACGCAAUCCACCACAAUUUCCUGAUUGGAUUGAAAUGGUAGAUUACUUAACAAAAGCUUCGUCGCUAACUUUAACAAUCGACCUGAAGCAAUGA